UAUUAAAAUUCCAAGCUGCAAAACAAAAAUGGAUAUAAAAUAUAGUAAAUCUGCAUAUUGUCUUAUACAUUUCACUAGAGGAACUCAGCAUUAUAGUAUUUUCACAACUUGAAGACUUUUUACAGAUGGUACAAUCAUUGUGAUUGGACUAGCCGGGACUAGCCAGACUCCUCCAACAAAAUAUAAGAUGGGCUUCACAAGCUGAUUUUAAUGCCCGGGGAAGUCCCCAGCAUCACAAAGCAAAAUGAAGAUUUGGUGGGAUCAGUUUCUAAAAACACUGAUGCUCCUGGUCCAUCAUCCAACUAUGUCUUGCCCUCUGUUCCUCUUGGUGAGAUGGCAGUCAGGAAAGCAAACACUCUGCUUCAGAUUGAUCGUCAUCAGAUUCAAGCAGUUCAGUCUGAGCAGCAGGCUUUGGAACUGCAAGGAUUGGGACUGGCUGUCUAUGAUCAGGAGGUGCUUGAACAAGGUGUCCUACAACAGGUGGACAAUGCAAUCAAUGAAGCCAGCCGGGUUUCACGGCUCGCAGAAGCUGAGCAGGAACUGCAGCAACUUGCUGAUGAACUUCGCUCUUGUGUCACUUCCCUUCGGCAAAUUAACAAGAUCAUUGAACAGCUUACACCGCAAGCAGCUACUUGCAAAGAGAUUGGACGGAAACUGGACUCUGUUAAAAGGCAAAAACAUAAUAAGGAGCAACAGCUGAAGAAAAUCAAAGCAAAACAGAAACGUCUAAAAGCAGUUCUUGGUGGGAGCCAGGAGGAGCCUGACAUUGAAGAAGACCUUCAGGGAUAUCACGAAGAGGAUGUUUUGCCCAACUCUCUUGGAAGCAUGUUGAUGCCAUCCCAAGACCGAGAAUGGGAAGAUUUAAUUCGCACUGGGCAGAUGACCCCUUUUGGCACUAAAAUCCCCCCGAAGGAAGAACGUCGUCCACGAAAACUUAUGCUUAAUGAGUCUUCAGAUUUUGAAAAGUAUCUUGCCGAUCAGGCACAGAUGGCUGUUCAGAGGAAACGUCCACAGACCCCUAAAAAAGUGAAGAAAAAAACUUUACUUACUAAGAGUCCAUCCCUGGUGCCUUCAGUGAAGAAAACUGAUACCUCAUGUACAGAGAAAAAAUGGCAGAAGAAGAUGAGAAAGCUGCAAACUAAAGCACUACAGAUCCAAUAUAGAGUUGGUGUUCCACAUGCAAAACCCAAUCUUGUGCCAAAAAAUAAAAUUGAAAACGGUGAUGAGAGUGAGGGCUCUGUUUAUUCACCUGAGAAAAAAGAGGAGAGCAUGGAGGAAAAUGAGGAAGAAUGGGUGCCUGAAAGCCAAGACACAGAAUAUGAACUAAAGCCACUGAUUCAGAGAACAAAUGGAAAAAGACCUAGGGAAAAUGGCAUGGACCCAGGAUUUUUGCCAAGUUCCGAGGAGAAGGAAGAUCAUCUCUCUAGAUCAGGGAAAGGGCAAAGAUGCAGAGAUGAUGGGAAUGCCCAGCUUUAUAAACAAAGACUCAGGCAAUGGCACAAACAACGUGAAAAGGAGAAGGAAGAGCGCAUUGCAACUGAGGAGUCAGAGGACAGUGAUGUGGAGUUUGAUGAAGGGUUCAGCAUUCCUUGCUCAAUUUGGAAGAAGCUGUACAAAUAUCAGCAAACAGGUGUUCGGUGGCUGUGGGAACUGCAUUGCCAGCAGGCAGGUGGUAUUCUGGGAGAUGAAAUGGGAUUGGGUAAAACCAUCCAGAUAAUUGCGUUCCUGGCAGGCCUUAGCUACAGCCGGAUAAGGACAAGAGGCUCUGAUUACAGGUAUGAAGGGCUUGGUCCUAGUAUUAUUGUGUGCCCAGCCACUGUCAUGCAUCAGUGGGUCAAGGAGUUCCACACUUGGUGGCCCCAGUUCCGUGUUGUCAUUCUGCAUGAAACUGGAAGUUAUGCUGGCAAAAAGGUAAAACUGAUUGGUGAGCUGGGAAAUGGGUGUGGUAUCCUCAUUACCUCUUACUCCUAUGUGCGCCUAAUGCAAGAAGAACUGCAAAAGUACCACUGGCAUUAUAUUAUUCUGGAUGAGGGACACAAGAUCCGUAAUCCUAAUGCAGGUGUAACACUUGCCUGCAAACAGUUUCGCACACCCCAUCGCAUCAUUUUGUCAGGGUCGCCUAUGCAGAACAACUUGCGAGAGCUUUGGUCUCUGUUUGAUUUCGUGUUCCCAGGGAAACUUGGCACGUUGCCUGUCUUCAUGGAACAGUUUUCAGUUCCAAUUACAAUGGGAGGAUACUCAAAUGCAUCACCAGUACAGGUGAAAACAGCAUACAAAUGUGCAUGUGUGCUGCGUGACACAAUAAACCCUUAUCUUUUGCGCCGAAUGAAGGCUGACGUUAAGAUGAGCCUUGCACUUCCAGAUAAGAAUGAACAGGUUUUGUUUUGCCGCCUAACAGAUGAGCAAAGACAAGUUUACCAGACUUUCAUAGAUUCCAAGGAGGUUUACGGAAUCCUGAAUGGAGAAAUGCAGGUGUUCCCAGGACUCAUUGCUCUUAGGAAAAUCUGCAACCACCCAGAUCUGUUUUCAGGAGGCCCUAAGAUUCUAAAAGGCACUCGGGAUGAGGAUUUGGAGGAGGAGGAACAGUUUGGGUUUUGGAAACGCUCAGGAAAAUUGAUUGUGGUGGAGGCACUUCUGAAAAUUUGGCAUCGACAAGGGCACAGAGUACUGCUUUUUACUCAAUCCCGACAGAUGUUGCAGAUACUUGAAGUGUUUGUGAGAAGCAGGUGUUAUUCUUACCUCAAGAUGGAUGGUACUACAACAAUUGCAUCUAGACAGCCAUUAAUUGCAAAGUACAAUGAGGACCCCUCGCUCUUUGUUUUCCUUCUCACUACCAGAGUGGGGGGCCUGGGUGUGAACUUGACCGGAGCCAACAGAGUUAUUAUCUAUGACCCCGAUUGGAAUCCUAGUACUGAUACCCAGGCUCGUGAGAGGGCUUGGCGAAUUGGACAGAAGAAGCAGGUGACAGUUUACAGACUGCUUACUGCUGGUACCAUCGAAGAAAAAAUCUACCACAGGCAAAUUUUUAAACAGUUCCUGACUAACCGUGUGUUGAAAGACCCAAAACAGAGGCGUUUUUUCAAAUCCAAUGACCUGUAUGAGCUGUUUACUUUUAGUAGUCCAGACACCAGCCACGGAACAGAGACCAGUGCCAUUUUUGCAGGAACUGGUUCUGAUGUUCAAGUUGUAAAGCGCCCUGGAAAUCAAAAUGUAGCACACACUCAGACUACUUUUCAUAAAGAACCACCUGUUUCCAUAUCAAAUACCCCAUCUUUGCCCAGCAAACCAUUAAACAGUGUCCUUCAGCAUGCCCAAGAAAAUCCUAUGCUUGUUGGCUUUGAAGCAAGAUCUAACUCAGAAGUUACUCCUAGCACAUCUAUAAAACUUGAGUCAGGGAAAGACUGUAAACAAGGAUCUCUGACAGAGGCGCCUGAAAACUGCCAUCGCAAGCACAAGGCAAAGACGAAACACCAGAGCAAAGGCAAAAGUGUUAAGAGGAGAAAAGAUGCCAAGUAUGAAGGUGAAAGAAUUUCCCAUUUAGUGAAACAAAACCCAUUCCGUAGAGAGGAAGGUGAUCAGCAUGAGGAUCGAAGGAAAAGUGAUGACUAUGUCCUGGAAAAGCUCUUCAAAAAAUCAGGUGUGCACAGCGCUAUGAAACAUGAUGUUAUUAUGGAUGCCGCAAAUCCGGAUUUUGUGUUGGUGGAGGAAGAAGCAAGCCGUGUGGCUCAUGAGGCCUUGCGGGUAUUAAAGGCCUCUCGCCAACGUUGUUAUGCUGCUUCUUCUGGAGUCCCAACAUGGACUGGAAUGAAUGGAGUGACACCUUCAGGAACCAAGCACAGAUUUGGCCAGAAAAGAAACCCUUUGCUACAGACUCCUGAUGUCCCAGGCAGACUUCCCCAAGACAAAUGCAAGGACUUAAACAUUACAAAGCAAAAGGAUCAGUCUAGUGCUGAUGCCCCCUCACACUUUAGUGGAGAAAAUCAGAGCACUGCCACUGCUGCCCUUUCUUCAUCAUCCCUUCUUUCACGCAUGAGGGCAAGAAAUAAUAUGCUUUUACCACCCCGUGAUGAAAAUGAAACCGGUACUGGCGUGCCCUCAGCAGGUACUACUGAACAUGACGAGCUGCUGGCAGACAUGAGGAACUUCAUUGCUUUCCAGGCAAGGGUAGAUGGUGAAGCCAGCACCCAGGAAUUGUUGCAGGAGUUUGAGAAUAAAUUAUCUCAAAAACAAUCAUGCGUCUUUCGUGAGCUAUUAAGAAGACUUUGCACCUUCCAUAGGAAUACUGAUGGUACAGGAGUAUGGCGACUAAAGCCUGAAUUUCACUGAUUUUUUUUCCUGCAGUUUCAGGAAAAUGUGGACCUGUGUGAAUAAGGGAUAUAAAGACAAAAUACCAAUAUGUUUUUAGGUUCAACAUAUAGACCUGCCGGAGUGAGAUAUGUGAAGCAUUUUAUAUUCCAUGUACUACAUUUUGUUUUACGGUGUCUUUAUCAGAAGUUACAGCAAACAACAUGCCUAUUUUUUGGUUUUUAGUAGGCUGGGACCAGGAAAUGCAUUACAAUAUAUUCUUGAAAACAAUCUGACAAACAUUCUGGAAAUUCUGGAUUAAAUACCUCACACCAUGAAGCUAUGUUAAGGAUUAUAGCAUUUAACAGUUAUUUAUUAAAUAUUUGAAUUUUUGUUGAAUGGAUAAAUUUAAAGAAAACAAAUCGAACUUUUUCAUAGCACUCCAUUAAAAGCAUUUUAAAAAAAAA